GCCGGUAGCUUUGAGCGUACAUCCCAAGUAGCAAAACCUUUCGUAAGCGACCCUCUCUUCGAGCCAACUCCUCACCCACCAAUUAACACUAGUCUCCUAUGUUUGCCAAGCCAUACCCAAGCAGAAGUUAACAAGCUAGUUGGAAGUGGAGCUCAGAAUGGAUCAUAG